CCGGAGCCCGGAGGACGCCGUCGCUCCCCGCUGUCCGGAGCUCCGCGAUGGGCCGGGGGAGCCGACCGUGCGCCCCACGGGGCGCCCUGCCGCCCCGGCUGCCGCCGCUACUCCUACUGCUCCUGCUGCUGCUGCUGCCGCCGCCGCCGACUCCGGCGCUCGCCCCUCGGAUCAGCCUGCCGCUGGGCUCCCAAGAGCGGCCAUUCCUCAGAUUUGGAGUGGAAAACGUCUCCAACUACACGGCCCUUCUGCUGAGCAGGGAUGGCAAGACUCUGUAUGUGGGCGCCCGAGAGGCCCUCUUUGCUCUCAACACCAGCACCAGCUUCCUGCCUGGCGGGGUGUACCAGGAGCUGCCGUGGAGCGCGGAUGCCGAGAGGAGACAGCAGUGCAGCUUCAAGGGCAAGGACCCGCGGCGCGACUGUCAAAACUACAUCAAGAUCCUCCUGCCACUCAACAGUACUCACCUGUUCACCUGCGGCACGGCGGCCUUCAGCCCCGUGUGCACCUACAUCAAUGUGGAGAACUUCACUUUGGCACAGGACGAGGUGGGGCACAUCCUCCUGGAAGAUGGCAAGGGCCGUUGUCCCUUUGACCCCAAUUUUAAGUCCACGGCCCUGGUGGUUGAUGGUGAGCUCUAUACCGGAACAGUCAGCAGCUUCCAAGGGAAUGACCCGGCCAUCUCCCGGAGCCAAAGCCUCCGCCCCACCAAGACCGAGAGCUCCCUCAACUGGCUCCAAGACCCAGCGUUUGUGGCCUCGGCCUAUAUUCCCGAGAGCCUGGGCAGCUUGGAAGGGGACGAUGACAAGAUCUACUUCUUCUUCAGCGAGACUGGCCAGGAGUUUGAGUUCUUUGAGAACACCAUCGUGUCCCGCGUCGCCCGCAUCUGCAAGGGGGACGAGGGCGGUGAGCGGGUCCUGCAGCAGCGCUGGACGUCCUUCCUGAAGGCCCAGCUGCUGUGCUCGCGGCCAGACGACGGCUUCCCGUUCAAUGUGCUGCAGGAUGUCUUCACGCUGAGCCCCAGCCCGCAGGACUGGCAUGACACCCUGUUCUACGGGGUCUUCACAUCCCAGUGGCACAGGGGGACCACAGAGGGCUCUGCCGUCUGCGUCUUCACCAUGAAGGACGUGCAGAAUGCCUUCAGCGGCCUCUACAAGGAGGUGAACCGUGAGACUCAGCAGUGGUACACGGUGACCCACCCAGUGCCCACACCCCGGCCCGGAGCAUGCAUCACCAACAGUGCCCGGGAGAGGAGGAUCACCUCAUCCCUGCAACUCCCAGACCGUGUGCUGAACUUCCUCAAGGACCACUUCCUGAUGGACGGGCAGGUCCGCAGCCGCCUCCUGCUGCUGCAGCCCCGGGCCCGCUACCAGCGUGUGGCCGUCCACCGUGUGCCUGGCCUGCACCGCACCUAUGACGUGCUCUUCCUGGGCACCGGUGAUGGCCGGCUGCACAAGGCGGUGGCCGUGGGCUCCAGGGUGCACAUCAUUGAGGAGCUCCAGAUCUUCCCACCGGGACAGCCCGUCCAGAACCUGCUCCUGGAUGCCACCAGGGGACUGCUCUACGCUGCCGCGUCCUCCGGCGUGGUCCAGGUGCCCGUCGCCAACUGCAGCCUGUACCAGAGCUGUGGGGACUGCGUCCUCGCCCGGGACCCCUACUGCGCUUGGAGCAGUUCCAGAUGCAGACACAUCAGCCUCUACCGGUCUGAGACGACCUCCAGGCCAUGGAUCCAGGACAUUGAGGGGGCUAACACCAGGGAUCUCUGCAAUACUUCCUCACCCGGGCGCCGGUCUUCUGUACUAAGAGGUGAGAAGCGAUGUGAGCAAGUCUACUUCCAGCCCAACACGGUGAACACCUUGGCCUGCCCCCUCCUCUCCAACCUAGCCACCCGGCUCUGGCUGCACAAUGGUCUCCCUGUCAAUGCCUCAGCCUCCUGCCGUGUGUUGCCCACUGGGGACCUGCUGCUGGUGGGCAGCCAGCAGGAACUGGGGGUGUUCCAGUGCUGGUCCCUGGAGGAGGGCUUCCGGCAGCUGGUGGCCUGUUACCACCCAAAGGUGGUGGACGACGUGCUGGCAGACCGAGCCGACCGGAGCGGCAGCAUGCCCGUCGUCAUCAGCACGUCCCGGGUGAGCGCACCAGCGGGCAGCAAGGCCAGCUGGGGUGUAGGCAAGUCCUACUGGACCGAGUUCCUGGUGAUGUGCACGCUGUUUGUGUUCGCCGUGGUGCUCUUCAUUUUAUUCUUCCUCUAUCGGCACCGGGGUGGCAUGAAGGUCUUCCUGAAGCAGGGCGAGUGUACCAGUGUGCACCCCAAGGCCCGCCCCGUGGCGCUGCCACCCGAGACCCGGCCGCUGAAUGGCAUAGGCCCCCCUAGCACCCCACUCGACCACCGGGGCUACCAGGCCCUGUCAGAUAGCUCCCCGGCGCCCCGCGUCUUCACCGAGUCAGAGAAGCGGCCGCUCAGCAUCCAGGACAGCUUUGUGGAGGUGUCUCCGGUGUGCCCCCGGCCCCGGGUCCGCCUGGGCUCUGAGAUCCGGGACUCCGUGGUGUGAGAGCACACUUCUCGAGGAGUCCACCCUGGCUUCCGAGGCCGUGAGUGCUCAGAGGGGGCCAGCCGGACCGCUGCGCCUCGGGGAACAUGACCGUGGCGCCCGGGGUUUGGGGCUGAUGGAGCCCACGGGCCUGCUGCUCCUCGGCCAAGUAGCACGGCCCCCUCCGACCGACCGCCCGCCGUGGCCUGGGAGGGCCCGGUUGCAAAUGGGGGCCUGCCUGGAAGGGCAGAACAGUGCUCCUUGUGUAAAACUGAGCCCUUUGUUUAAAAAACAAUUGCAAAUGUGAAGCGAUUGAGAAGAACAGCACAUCACAGAGCUCCAUGGGCGCGAACAGCCGCGCCGCGCCGCGGGGCCUCAGAGGCAUGGCCGACUCACCCAGAGUGCUUGAGACAGAGCUGGCCAUCCCCACCAGCUGGCCUCUUCCACCUUCUGCCUUACCCUGCUGCCACCGCUGCCCCUCGUCCCCCAGAAGCAGGGGCCGGCUCGGGCUCCGUGGGUCCUGCCUUGCCGGCUGGCUGACUUAUUACAUUUAUCAUCCCGUCACCUCAGGGACCUGAGGGUCACACUGCCACUGCAGCUGUCACAAGGCCUUGGGCUCAGACUCACCUGCUGGACCUUUCCGGCCUGUAUCAGGCUGUGGCCACGUGCGAGAGGGGCAGCGUGAGCCCAGGAGAGAGUUUAGGACGAUGGACUCCUUUCCCUUGAAGUCAAGGAAGAGACUGUUGCCUGCCUUCCUCCAUCCCAGCCUUCGAACCCAUCCACCCCGGACUCCUCCCCAGAGCCCAGCCCCUGGUUCAUCCCCUCUACCUGCCUGCUCCCCCUCUAAGGGGUAUUGACACUGCCCUACACAGGAACCCCGAGUUUAUGUGGGUUUUAUAUUUUUUUUUAUAAGAGGCACUUUACUUUUUUUUUUUUUUAAUAAAAUCUAAAGAACAGAAACAGAAUCAUGGCCCUUCCUCUCAAAAGACUGUUCCUUUUUUGAGGUUGGCCCAGUUCUCU